AUGUUUGCCCUCCACGUUCGCCCUCCACGUUCGCCCUCCACGUUCGCCCUCCACGUUCGCCCUCCACGUUCGCCCUCCACGUUCGCCCUCCACGUUCGCCCUCCACGUUCGCCCUCCACGUUCGCCCUCCACGUUCGCCCUCCACGUUCGCCCUCCACGUUCGCCCUCCACGUUCGCCCUCCACGUUCGCCCUCCACGUUCGCCCUCCACGUUCGCCCUCCACGUUCGCCCUCCACGUUCGCCCUCCACGUUCGCCCUCCACGUUCGCCCUCCACGUUCGCCCUCCACGUUCGCCCUCCACGUUCGCCCUCCACGUUCGCCCUCCACGUUCGCCCUCCACGUUCGCCCUCCACGUUCGCCCUCCACGUUCGCCCUCCACGUUCGCCCUCCACGUUCGCCCUCCACGUUCGCCCUCCACGUUCGCCCUCCACGUUCGCCCUCCACGUUCGCCCUCCACGUUCGCCCUCCACGUUCGCCCUCCACGUUCGCCCUCCACAGUUACCCACCCCUAUACUUUUUCCUCAAGCGCAUCUUGUCACUUGA